AUGCUGCAAGAGGAAGACAACGCAUGGUCAUUUCAACGAGUUCUGAGUUACUGUACCUGGAUUUGGGAACAAGCCAACGACCUGGUUGCUGCAACUGCAUACCCCAACAUAUUCGAACUUCCCGAGCCAACAUCGAAGAAAGAGGAUCUUGGGUUGGUGGAAUUGGCAUGCCCAGAGGAUCCCACCGUCGAUAUCAUAGCAAUCCACGGCUUAAAUGGUCACAGAGAAAAGACUUGGAUGACAGACGAUGGCGUUCUUUGGCUACGCCAAUUCUUGCCGUCCUCAUUGCCUCGUGCCCGUAUCCUGACCUAUGGCUACGACGCUGACACUCACAGUACGGAGUGCGUAUCGACCCAGACUAUGCGCCGCCACGCCGUCGGUCUGGCUCAAGCUAUUUUACGGAAGCGUAAAGAUGCUCGACGCCCCAUCAUCUUUGUUGCUCACGAUUUGGGAGGCAUCAUUCUCAAAUGGGCGCUUGUCAUAUGCAACAAUGAGGACCUGGAAUCAAAAGACGGCCUACGAAAUAUCGUGGUAUCCACCCAUUCCAUCCUCUUCUUUGGAACCCCGCAUUCCGGCGUAGAAGACACGCUCCUUAAGAAGAUCAACCUUCACGCUCACUCGGAUGAACUCGAAAACAUCCAGAGCUUGUAUCUCACCGCGAGUAAAAAGAUAAACAGCGUCUUCUUCUGCGAGGAAUACAGCACCGGAGCCGACGAACAGCAGAUACAUUUGAAUGUUCCGUAUCACUCGGCGGUGAUCGCUGGCGAUCAAAACGCUAUUGCGGUCGUACUCCAUAGCGAUCACCAGAACCUUGUCAGAUUCCAGACGGAAGAGAGUGAAGAUUACCAAGCAGUUGCUUACUAUCUCACGGAGUGCGCUGAGAACGCCCCCGAUGCCGUGCACAAAAAAUGGUUUAUGGAGAAUAACUUGCGCACCGUCGUGAAGGGAGGAACCAUCCCUCAACCAGACGACGCGCUUUUCGUAUCUCAACUGCCGGUAGUCGCAUUCGCCCCAUCCUCUGUCCAUACCACCUGUCUACAAGGAACUCGCCAGGCUGUCCUCGAGACAAUCUCGCAAUGGGCCGAUGGCGAUUCAUCAGAAAAACCGAUCUUCUGGCUAUGUGAUAUAGCUGGCUCUGGAAAAUCGACCGUCGCGAUGACUGCAAUGGAGAAGUGGAAGAAGCAAGGAAUCUUAGGCGGCGGAUUCUUCUUCUCCAUGGCAAGCAGCGAAAGCUCAGACAUCGAAAAGUUUUGCUCGACCAUGGCGAGGGAACUCGCUCAACAUAUUCCCGAGCUUGGGACACCGAUUGCGGAGAUAGUAAAGCGGAAUCCUGCUCUCCUGCGAGCCUCUUUUGAUCAACAGUUUCGAAUGCUCAUCACCGACCCACUCCAGCAUCGACAGACGGUAGUCCUCGUCUUAGAUGCACUCGACGAAUGCAAGUCUGGAGCACAGAGAAAAGAACUGGUUGAGACUCUCGCUUCUGCUGCUCAGGAGAGCAAGAAUCUUCGGAUAUUCAUCACAAGUCGACCAGACCCUGUGGUCGAAAGGGUUUUAGAACCUCUUUCUAUCAAGGCCAAGCUGACAGAUCGGCUCCACGAUGCUAGCCACCGCGACAACAUCGAUGACGUUGCGAUAUACGUCCAUCGAUUGCUUGGCCGGCGCCUGACGCCAGAUAAGAUCCAGCGACUGGUUGAUAAGGCCAAGGGGCUGUUCAUUUGGGCGAGCACUGCGUGUCGGAUGCUCGAUGAUGAAUCAUCUGCGGUCAAUACAGCGGCCAUAUAUGAUCGCCUGACGUCUAUUGAUCAGCCUGGAGCCAUCGACGAGGUAUACGACCUAGUCUUCGAGCGCAUUGACCGAGCAUCCAAACCAGCUAUCAUUGAAAUGCUCGGUAUGCUGCUUGCUGCGUUCGAGCCACUCACCACCCAUGACUUGGAAGACCUUGUUCAGCAUACCAAAGGACAAGGGAGUGCCGAAGCGCUGGUACGGAUUCUGGAAGUGUAUCAGGAGGAUCCAAUCACAUGCUUGAUCCAGUUUCGCCAUCCCACGUUUGUCGAAUACCUUCGACGACGUUGUAGCACCGAAAUUAUCGGCGAUUGCGACAGGAAUCUUAUCAACAUCGCGCGUGCACAUGGCCAAGCCGCGUCAUGGUGUCUUCACACUCUCAAAUCGCGCAAGGAGGGGCUCAAGUUUAAUAUUUGCCAAAUCGAGUCAUCCUUCUAUCUGAAUAGGCAGAUUACAGACCUUGACGCCCGGGUGGCGAAAUUCAUUUCGCGGAGGCUUCGCUAUGCUAGUUUGCACUGGCCGUUCCAUGUGGCCGCAAUGGACAGUGACUGGGGCCGCAGGCUAAGGAAUGAGCUGGCACGUAUAGUCAAAAGUCCAUUCGCACUCUAUUGGAUGGAGAUCCUCAGCGUGACUGGAGGAGUCAUGCGGGCAGUAUUUGGAAUGCGAGCUGCGACGCAACAUAACAGUCUUGAGCAAGAGAUCCGAGGUCGGAUGAAUGACAUCAGACGGUUUUUGAUGGCAUUCUCUGUACCAAUCCAAGACAGCGCACCACACAUCUACAUCUCAUCUCUCCCAUUCAGUCCACGGAAGUCGGUACUUCAUACGGAGGGUUUAAAGGAGUAUAUGAAUUCGUUAAUUGUGACCAGAGGGCUUGAAGAAACAUUUCGUGAGCUUCCCAGAACGCUGCUAGGUCACCAGCGUAGUGUCACAGCGGUUUCAUUCUCACCAGAUGGCACACGAAUCGUCUCUGGCUCAAGCGACAGGACAAUUCGACAGUGGGAUGCAGAGACUGGCCAGCCAUUGGGAGAGCCACUCCAAGGUCAUGAAUACUCGGUGAACGCUGUCGCAUUCUCACCAGAUGGCACACGAAUCGUCUCUGGCUCAAGCGACAGGACAAUUCGACAGUGGGAUGCAGAGACUGGCCAGCCAUUGGGAGAGCCACUCCAAGGUCAUGAAGACGAGGUCAUGGCUGUCGCAUUCUCACCAGAUGGCACACGAAUCGUCUCUGGCUCAAGGGACAGGACAAUUCGACAGUGGGAUGCAGAGACUGGCCAGCCAUUGGGAGAGCCACUCCAAGGUCAUGAAGACUCGGUCAUGGCUGUCGCAUUCUCACCAGAUGGCACACGAAUCGUCUCUGGCUCAAGGGACAGGACAAUUCGACAGUGGGAUGCAGAGACUGGCCAGCCAUUGGGAGAGCCACUCCAAGGUCAUGAAUCCUUGGUGUACGCUGUCGCAUUCUCACCAGAUGGCACACGAAUCGUCUCUGGCUCAAGGGACAGGACAAUUCGACAGUGGGAUGCAGAGACUGGCCAGCCAUUGGGAGAGCCACUCCAAGGUCAUGAAUACUGGGUGAACGCUGUCGCAUUCUCACCAGAUGGCACACGAAUCGUCUCUGGCUCAAGCGACAGCACAAUUCGACAGUGGGAUGCAGAGACUGGCCAGCCAUUGGGAGAGCCACUCCAAGGUCAUGAAUACUGGGUGAACGCUGUCGCAUUCUCACCAGAUGGCACACGAAUCGUCUCUGGCUCAAGCGACAGCACAAUUCGACAGUGGGAUGCAGAGACUGGCCAGCCAUUGGGAGAGCCACUCCAAGGUCAUGAAUACUCGGUCAACGCUGUCGCAUUCUCACCAGAUGGCACACGAAUCGUCUCUGGCUCAAGGGACAGCACAAUUCGACAGUGGGAUGCAGAGACUGGCCAGCCAUUGGGAGAGCCACUCCAAGGUCAUGAAUCCUGGGUGAACGCUGUCGCAUUCUCACCAGAUGGCACACGAAUCGUCUCUGGCUCAAGGGACAGCACAAUUCGACAGUGGGAUGCAGAGACUGGCCAGCCAUUGGGAGAGCCACUCCAAGGUCAUGAAUACUGGGUGAACGCUGUCGCAUUCUCACCAGAUGGCACACGAAUCGUCUCUGGCUCAAGGGACAGCACAAUUCGACAGUGGGAUGCAGAGACUGGCCAGCCAUUGGGAGAGCCACUCCAAGGUCAUGAAGACGAGGUCAUGGCUGUCGCAUUCUCACCAGAUGGCACACGAAUCGUCUCUGGCUCAAGGGACAGCACAAUUCGACAGUGGGAUGCAGAGACUGGCCAGCCAUUGGGAGAGCCACUCCAAGGUCAUGAAGACGAGGUCAUGGCUGUCGCAUUCUCACCAGAUGGCACACGAAUCGUCUCUGGCUCAAGCGACAGCACAAUUCGACAGUGGGAUGCAGAGACUGGCCAGCCAUUGGGAGAGCCACUCCAAGGUCAUGAAGACGAGGUCAUGGCUGUCGCAUUCUCACCAGAUGGCACACGAAUCGUCUCUGGCUCAAGCGACAGCACAAUUCGACAGUGGGAUGCAGAGACUGGCCAGCCAUUGGGAGAGCCACUCCAAGGUCAUGAAUCCUGGGUGAACGCUGUCGCAUUCUCACCAGAUGGCACACGAAUCGUCUCUGGCUCAAGCGACAGCACAAUUCGACAGUGGGAUGCAGAGACUGGCCAGCCAUUGGGAGAGCCACUCCAAGGUCAUGAAUCCUUCGUCAACACUGUCGCGUGCUCACCAGAUGGCACACAAGUUGUCUCUGGCUCCAUUGGUAAGACAAUUCAAAUCUUGAGUUCGGACAAUGUAUUUGGAUGCCUUGCCUAUGUCUUUGUCCCAAAAUCACAGCGGAAUGCUCUCGAUUCGCACACUGAGAAGUGCAUCUUUGUCGGGUACCCAUCCGACCGCCCUGGCUGGGUGUUCUGGAACCUGCAGACACGCAAGAUUAUACACAGCGACAGCGCUGUAUUCGAUGAGAGAGUCUUUCCGGGCACCUCGUUUGCAAAGGAACCGACCCCGAACCUCUCUGACUACAUCCAGCUGCCAGAUCUCGAGGAAAUCAACACCUCUUCAUCAUCCAUUCCACCUCCAGACACUCAUCCUCCUGUCCACGUUGCAGGGCGACCUGUACCAGCACCUAUUCCCCACGAGCCUGUCCCUCCACCAGCACCAGCGCCUGCGCAGCCUAAACCACAGUUUCUCAGGUUGCCCGAGAGUCGUGAACUUCGAGUACUCAAUGACCAGACUAAUUUAUAG